CCACUUGGCGCUCGACGACGGCGACUAUUCUACUACGGCUGAGCUGGCGGCUACGUUCAGACGCAAUUCCGACACGGCGGCAGUCGUACGUUCGUUCACGCACUCACCGUGACAUUUUUACCUUUACACUGUACACCACCCCAACCACUACCACCAUCCCUUAUAUAUACACACACCAUCAAGACACAUUACACCCGUAUUAUUUUAAAUAAACCGACGCCGUUCCUCCGGGUUAUUGUUUUUUUUUUUUUUAUAUACCCAUCGUCCUUCCCCUUUCCGGUGCGUGUGUGUCCUGACCAUUAAACCGCCCCUACCCGAAUUGUCCCGGCCCCGGUGGUGCCCCCAUGUUGGCGCUGGAAUUAGUGGCCGUCAUCGUCGCGCAGCAUUACACCCACCCGGUUGAAUCGUGGAGGCCGUCGCCGUUGGCGGGUUGAAGAGGGCCCGUUGUGGUGCGUACAACGGACCGGAGGCAGCCGGCACCCUCAAGAAACUCAGACUGGACGCCGCCGCAGCCGCAGCCGCUACGAUGAACAUGGCGCCCACGAGCACCCCUCCGGCACAGCAGCAGUCCGUACCGGGUGUCGUCGACGGAACCCAAGUUUCGGCAUUGUGCAACAGCAUCGACCCCGUCGUGCCCGGCGAAGAAGAGGUCAGAACAUUAUUUGUCAGCGGCCUGCCAAUGGACGCCAAGCCACGAGAGCUUUACUUGCUGUUCCGAGCAUAUGAGGGUUACGAAGGAUCUCUAUUAAAGGUGACAAGCAAAAACGGAAAAACGGCUUCGCCAGUUGGUUUUGUCACUUUCCAAACGCGCGCUGGCGCCGAAGCAGCUAAACAAGAUCUUCAGCAGGGCGUCCGGUUCGAUCCCGACAUGCCGCAAACCAUACGGCUAGAGUUCGCUAAAAGCAACACGAAGGUUAGCAAGCCAAAACAGCCCGCCAACGCAAACGUCACGCCCAACACGCACCAAGGCCUGAUGCACCCGCUCACCGGACAUUUAGGCGCCCCGUUUUUCACCGGUGCUCCGGCAGAACUAUGGCAUCACCCGUUGGCCUAUGCUGACAUGCCGACAGCAGCAACGGCCUCGGCCCUGCAGCACGCCGCUCUCGUACAUCCGGCGCUGCAUCCACACCCUCAACAGCCGACGUUGACGCUGGGCCCACACGGCCUUCCGUUCCUGCCCUCUCCCGCACUGCCCUCGCCGCCCAACCAGCAGCAGCCCCAGCCGCCCUGUUCCACGCUGUUCGUCGCCAACCUCGGACAGUUUGUGUCCGACCACGAGCUUAAAGACAUUUUCGCCAGAACCACAAAUUUUGGUCAAUCGAAGCAGACGUUUAAUUACUGGCCGACGGCCUAUAAAUGAGAAGACGUUGAUUGAGAUUAUAGGAGUAUGCUGGCCAAAAGAAAUUGGACAACGUCAAUUUCACGUAUACUCACAUGCAGUUGAACAACACCUGACAACCACCAGGUAGACUUCCGGUAACCGCCCAAGUUUAGAUAACGCGCGACACGUCAAAAUCAACCUACCAAAGCCCCCACGGAAAUAAUAUCGAUGCGAUUUAUUAUUUAUAUGAUUAUUAUUAUUAUUAUUGUGUUUACUUUUAAAGCUUUUUUACUAAAGCCGUUGUACAAAGCAUUAAGCAGUAAAAAAAAAAAAAUUCCUUGUAUGUCUGUAGAUUUAACACAAAAAAAAACCUAAAAAAAAAAAUGUAUUAUUAUUAUUAUUAUCAUUAUUAAUAUUCAUAAAUACCCUUGUACCUAUUUAUUGUACCCCAAUAACUUUAUUCCCUACGCUUUUUAAUGUAUAACCUCUACAAUAUCGCCCUUUUGCUUUUUUUUUUUUAGUGGGCAGAACAUACCUAGUGUACGAUCUUAAGACUCAUCAAAUCUGUGAUUGUUUCUCGUGAAUAUAUAUAUAUAUAUAUUUUUUUUUUUUUAUAUAAAAUCAUAAUAUUUGUCUAUAUCACGUGUAAGCGUGAUUCAGAUUUUUUAGCAAUAAUUAAACGAAUAAAAUAUGUAAGCGCGCUCAUAUACAUUCACUACAUACAUAUCAGUAUAAAAUAUUAUAAUAUGCUUAAAGGGAAUUAACGUUAAAUAUUUUGUACAUAGGUAAAUUUUUAAAGACUUAGAUUAAUAAAACAACCGAUUUCAACGGUUGGACGAACGGUCGGGCACCAUAAUAUUCGUGUCGGGUAUUUAAUUAAGUAUAUACCUAGCAUGUUAUUUUUUUUGGUGACAAUCGGCCUGUUUUUUCAAGUUCGAUUUCGUUCGACUUAAUAUAUUGGUUUGGGAAAGUCAUAACUUGUUUUAAACAAAUUAAAUUAUAUAUUAUUAUAUUAAUUAUUAUUAAUAAUAACAAAUUAUUGAAUUCUGCAAUCUAUUUUUUAUACAACUAGUUUCGUUUCGUUUUCUUGCCAUUGCCCAUUGUAUUAUUAUACGAGUAGAUUAUGCUUUUCAAACAAAUUAACAGGGUGCAGCUUGUUUGGCAGCUCAUGGAAUUCUUUUCUAGAUAUUAUUAUGUAUUUUUGUUUUUGUUUUUUAUUCUUAUGUAUUUUCAAAAAACAUUUUAAACAGUACAUAGGAUGAACCUGGGAUCACAUAUUAAGCUAAUAAUUGUAUCGAAUAUAAUAUAUUGUAAUAAUAACAAUAGUAAUUAUUUAAAAUGACAAUCUUUUUUUAAGUUAUUCAUUUUUAAGGGACAAUAAUUUUUUUAGUCUUUUGUUGUCGAAGAUUUUUUUCCUUACACUAAUUAUUCAUUAGUUAUUUUUACUUAUUUAUAUUUAUUUUUAUUAAUAUACAACUAAAAAGACCAAAGAUUAUGUUCUACUAUAGAUAGAUUGUAGACAUUUUUUAAGUACCUACCUAACUAUACCAGUGAGAUACAAUAAUUAAUGUCUACAAAAACAAAAAUGUUCUUUUUCCUAUGUUUCCUUUGUGUAAAUAUUUAAUUAAAAAAAAAAAAUUGAUGUUUGUUUUCAAAUUGUGUAUUAUAAUUGAAAUUUUCUUAUUAUUAUUUUUAAGCAAUAGGUGUACAAUUAAAAAAAUUGUAAAAAACUAUUUUAAGUAAUUAACUUUUUAAAAAUACCAUCAGAAUUACAUUAAUGUAAGGGAUGUUUAUUAUUAGACUUUUAUUUUUUGGUAGUUUGCGGUCAUUGCGGUAAAUUUUGUAGAUCUGUCGUGUGUUUGUGGACAAAAAAGGUUUUUUUUACUAGAAAUGUGUCCGUAAACUCAAUUAUAAGCAAAAGACGUUGACACAAACGUUGAAAAACAUUCCACCAAAUUUGUAUUAAUGAAUAACUCAUUCCAAUAUGUAUAUAUAAAUAAAUAAAUGUAUUUAUUUAUUUAUUUCACUAACACCAGCAUCAACGUCUUGUGCAAAAUAUAAUAUCCGUCCAAAUUUAAAAAUGUUUUCUUAUUCUUUUUAAUUAAUUCGUUAUUAAUUGAUAUUAUUAGAAUAUUGUGUUUUUUAAUUGCGUACACGAGCUGUAGUUG